AUGGCAGAUCAACACAGCGCAUACACUCUGGGCCACAAAGCCUCUCAGGUCCAGCAUCACGAAUGGCGCACCGCCGAGAACAGCGCCGGACACCUCCUCCCGCACCUCAAGGAUGCAGCGUCCAGGAACCCAGGCUUGAAGUUCCUCGACAUUGGCGCCGGGUCCGGCACCAUCACCGCUACCUUUGCCAAGUAUAUGCCACAAGGUCACAUCACAGCUACAGACAUUUCAGAUGAGAUCCUACAGAGAGCGGCAAGCUUUGCCGAGAAGCAAGGCGUGGACAACAUUACCUUCCAAAAAGCCAACAUCUUCGAGCUUCCCUUCGAAGACGGAGCAUUUGACAUUACUCACGCCCACCAGGUGCUUGUUCACCUGGACGAGCCUGUGGCGGGGAUCAAGGAGAUGAUUCGGGUGACCAAGAAGGGCGGUAUUCUGGCUUUGAGAGAGGCCGACAUGGAGCACAUGGUCAUCUGGCCCGAGCUGCCCGGCGUCAACGACUUUCACGAGACACUCCUCUCUACGUGGAGAGCCAGUGGGGGACAUCCCAAUGGUGGGCGCCAGCUCGUGAGCUGGUCACUGCAAGCGGGCAUCCCUCGAGCCGACAUGACGGCAACCAUGGGAACAUGGUGUUAUAGCCAGGAAGGUGAUAGGAGGGUCUGGGCCGAUUCCAUGAUGGAGAGAAUCAAACAUGGCCAGAUGAGAGUCAAGGCUCUAGAAAUGAAGCUGCGGUCAGAGCAGGAUCUGGAUGCGAUGGCCAAAGGUUGGGACGACUGGGCCAGAGCAGAAGACGCGAUGAUGGGCCUUGUAAAUGGGGAGUUGAUUAUCCAUAUCCGUUGA